ACUUGUUCAAUUCAAAUGUGAAGUACCAAAUCUGACAUCUUGCAUCAUGUGCUGUUAUUAAUGAUCCAAGUGGUUUUCUUUUUAAGAAUUGAACUAGACGACUACUUGUUUGCUUUGUGCAGGUUGAAAUCAUGUUGAGGUUGAGAAAUCCUAAUGUUGUUCUUUUCAUGGGAGCAGUCACUCAUCCACCAAAUCUUUCUAUACUGACAGAGUAUCUUCCAAGGGGAAGUUUAUACAAGCUGCUGCAUCGACCAAAUAAUCAACUCGAUGAAAAGAAGCGACUGCGGAUGGCUCUUGAUGUUGCCAAGGGGAUGAAUUAUUUGCACACAAGCCAUCCUAUUAUUGUGCAUCAAGAUCUUAAGACUCCAAACCUUCUUGUUGAUAAAAAACUGGGUUGUUAAGGUUUGCUGAAAUUAGAACUUGGCAUUUGAAAUCUCCCAUUCCUUCCUUGAUUAUCCAAUUGUUGCUGUAUUUAAUGUAAUCUAGAAAAUGCGUAGUUAACAAUGCCGUGACUCACCAUGGACUUCGUCUCUUUUACUAAGAUCUAGACUUUUUCAUGCUUAAGGGUGUUUUUUUUGAAACUUCUCUAAUUUAUUGUUGUCUCUACAAGUUUGUGAUUUUGGCUUAUCACGAAUGAAGCACAAUACUUUCCUGUCUUCAAAAUCUACUGCUGGAACGGUAAUUGAUGUCAGGAUAGAAUGUUAUAGAAUGUUAUAUUAUAUCAAUUAUACUGAAGUUGUGCCAUUGAACUGCAGGUGGAAUGGAUGGCCCCUGAGGUUUUGAAAAAUGAACCAUCCAAUGAGAAGUAGGUUUAUUUUUUGUAUUAGACUUGAAAGCCAUGCUAGAGAGUUUAAUUCAUUUUUUAAUGUUUCAUUCAAGUCUUGCUGAUAAAAUAAUUGCGAACUGGU